UUCUGAAACAGAAGUUUCUAGCGAAGAAGACAAGAAGCACAAACAUAAGAAGAAGAAGAGAAAGUCGAAACACAAGAAACAUAAAAAGCAUAAGAAAAAUGAUUCAUCAGAAAGCGAUUAUGAUGAUAAGAAAAAAUAAAAUUACGCCAUAUUCAGUCAUAAUAAAGGAACUGAAAGGAACUGCCAAAGUAUUUAUAGGUUAGAAUAGGACUAAUCAGUAAACAUACCAUGACACGACACGCGAGGAAUUGCACGGCUGGUGCUGUUUAUACGUAUCACGAAAAAAAGAAGGAUGCAGCAGCCUCAGGCUACGGAACAAAUACACAAAGAGUGGGAAAGGAUUCUGUCAAAAAUUUUGACUGCUGUUGUCUCACAUUACAGCCUUGCAGAAAUCCUGUCAUAACGAAGGAUGGCUAUUUAUUUGAUAAAGAAGCAAUUUUGGAAUAUUUUUUAACCAAGAAGAGAGAGUAUGCAAGAAAGUUAAAGGAAUAUGAGAAGCAAAAACAACAACAAGAAGAACAACUACAUGAAAAAACAGCUAACGAAGAAUUGCAGAAGUUACAAAAGUUUUUAAAAGGAGAGAAAAAUAUUGUUUCAAGAAGUCAAACUGCAGGCGAAUCAGGUUCUUCAGUUUCUAAUAUGUGCAAUGGCAAGGAUAAAAUAUUGCCCAGUUUUUGGAUCCCUUCUAAAACACCAGAAGCAAAAGAAGUAAUAUUGCAAAAACCUGAUAAAACAAUCUACUGUCCUAUUAGUGGAAGGCCAUUAAAAAUGAAAGAUCUCAUGCCUGUGAAAUUCACAGAAGUAAAAGAUCCAGAUGACAAAAAGUCUCUUAUAGUUAAACAAGCACGAUAUAUGUGCCCUAUUACACAUGACAUCUUAAGUAAUAGUGUACCAUGUGUGGUUAUAAGGACAACCGGCGAUGUAAUUACAAUGGAAUGUGUAGAAAAGAUUAUAAAAAAGGAUUGGAUUAAUCCCUUGGACAGUACAAAAUUAACCGAAGCAGAUAUCAUACCACUUCAAAGGGGUGGUACGGGAUAUGCAGCAGUUAACAAUUCUCUAGAAGGUAAACACGAGAGGCCAGUAUUACAAGCAUAAAAAGAAUAUGUGAUCACUGCAACUUGAUUAAAUACAUAAUGUUACACAAUUGAAUGUACAAAAAUACAUGGACUUAAUCUGAUCUGUAUAGUUUUACUAUAUAUAUUAUUAAAUUGUACCGAAUGAAAAAUAUACAACAUAACAAAAAUUUGAGAAAAUGUU